AGAGUAUUCAAUUUCUUCAGUUUCACGAAAAUGCUCGGCGUUAAAUUAGGUCUGGCCUUCCUGUAUCUGACUGUUCUCUUCGUGAACGUCGAUUUCACAGAUGCACGCGCCUUUCAGGACAUCCGCAGCGAUACGAUAGAGACGCGAUUCGGGGAUGAGGAACCCAAGGAUCCGGGAUGGAUGUACUUUCAGAGGCAGAAACUGAUCAACUUCGGGGAGAUCGCUUCGAAGGUGGGCGGUAAACUGGGCUCCGCCGGCAUGAAAGUGACGGGAUACAUCGAGAGCUUGUGCAAGAUGUUGAAAGCCAUCGUACCGAUCGUCGCCACAGUCUGUCAUGUGAAGCAGUUCCAGUUCUGCGCUUCGUCGGACGCCUCCUUGGAUCUGACAAACGCAAUUCAAGCCAAAGACAUCAACCUGAAUAUUCCCGAUUAAAUGACAUCAACAAUCCUGCAAACUCCAUUAACUUUCCGUUACAGAUUGACGAUUUUAAGUGUAAUAAAAUGUUUGUUUCACUGCUAAAAGUGUUAUGUAAUUCACUGAAUAAUAUACAUUUACCUUCUUAUAUAAACGUAAUAUAAUAAAAAUAAUGUUUUAUCA